AUGUAUUAUUUGUGUGCGCAGGCAUUGCUGGCUGAGCUGGAGGCUGCGGUGGACAGACACACACAUGCUGGACUGCUGGAGGCGGCUGCUCGUUCUUACCAGAGCCUCUGUGCUCAGGAUUUGCCCUGGCACUCUCUGGCCCGGCCCAGCUUUGACCGGUUCAUCAAGCACUGGACAGACACACUGGAAACACGGUUAGGAGAAUCACUGAGUGAUGGUUGUUUCACUGCAAACGAGGACAGCACUUUGGAAAUUCUGUCCACACUGAAGAAACUUAAUGCUUUCAAUAUUGCUCAGGAUCUGUCUAAAUGGAGCCUUUAUGAGCUGGGGACCAGACUCCUGGAUGUGGAGAUAAAACAUGCUGGUCUUCCCAUGGAGGUGACAAUUGAGGCUCUGCGCUGCAUGUGUAGCUGCAUCCUUUGGAAGCUCAACACCUUUGGAGAAGGUUUGACCUCCAGGGAGUCCGCCCUCCAGCAGAGAAACCAGCUACGUGCCUUCUGUGAGAAAUGUCACCGCUGUCUCUCACACGCUGAGCAGCUUGUACGAGAGCAAGCCUUCAUGUGUCUGAGUGAUGUUCUCAUAGCUCAUAAUUACCAGCUUCAGAUGUGGGAUUCAUCUGCAGGCACUCCAUUGCUGUACACCCCUGAUCCCAAGCUCCAGAAAGCUCUUCUUUCCUUCAUCGUGGAGCAUGUCUUCACCAGCCCAGAGCAGGACACCCACAGUAGUAAAGGUUCUCUUUUCUUUUCAUUUACAGUAAAUCUUAAGGGUCCUUGUUUGGCCUGUGCUCUGCUGUGGGCUGACACGUGGAGCCCUGUGGAAUUAUACUUCGAAGCCCACUCGAAAAACAAGAAGCUUUAG